AUGGCUGAAGAUGAGUUGGUAUGUCAAAUGUGUAUUUUUUAUUAUUAUCUUUAGGCUCUCGAUUUGACUGGCAAGAAGAAGAAGACCAAAAAGCCAAAAGUUGUUUUGAAUGAAGUUGACGGAGCUGAAGAGCUUAUUCUUCCAGCUAAGAAGUCCAAAGCCAAGGACGCCAAGCUUCUGGAAGAUGUUGACGGACAGGUUAGUUUAUUUUUGUUUUUUAAAAGUAGCUUUGCAAAUGUACUUUGCUUUACGAAUCAGCUUACUUUUUUUUGAUUUUAGGCCGAAGAAGUUGCUCCAGGAGUAGGUCGUAGCAACUUGAUUGAUGCUAAAGGAGAAUGGCCAGACUACACUUAUGAGCAGUUGUUGGAUCUUGUUUUUGACAUUAUGAGAGAAAGGAACCCUGAUAUGGUUGCUGGAGAGAAGAAGAAGUUUGUCAUGAAGCCUCCUCAAGUUGCCAGAGCCGGAUCCAAGAAGACUGCUUUCACCAAUUUUGCUGAGAUUUGUCGUCUUCUUAAAAGACAGCCCAAACACGUGCUGAACUUUUUACUUGCUGAAUUGGGAACAACGUGAGUUUAAAAUUUCAACUUAUUUUACAAUUUAGAUUCAUAUUUUUUAUGAAAAUUAUAUUUUUGUACAAUUAUUGAUUCUUUAGGGGUUCUAUCGAUGGUAAUCAAUGUUUAAUUGUAAAAGGCCGAUUCCAGCAGAAGCACUUUGAAUCUGUUCUUAGAAAAUACAUUAGUAAGUACCAAUGCUUUUACUUUGUUUUUGUGUCUUAUGUAGCUCAAUAAUGUUGAUUUUGUUUUAGAGGAAUAUGUUACAUGCCAUACGUGCCGGUCUUCGGAUACCGAACUUACUAAGGAUACGAGAUUGUUCUUCUUGAAGUGUAACGUAUGUAACAGUCAAUGUUCUGUGACUGCGAUUAAAUCUGGAUUCACGGCUAUGGUUGGAAAGCGUGCUGCGUUGAGAAGAGCGGCCGAAGCGACGGCAGGAAAGUAA